CCAAAACCCUCCAAACCCUCUCUCUCUCUCUCUCUCAAUAGUCUGCAUUUGAGCACCUCUCGAACUCAAAAAUGGCAGCAACAACAACGAAUCUUCUCCUCUGCAUUGCCACCAUCCUCUGCUUCCUCACCUCUGCCCAAGCUAGGAUCCCCGGCGUCUACACCGGCACCCCCUGGCAACCCGCCCACGCCACCUUCUACGGCGGCAGCGACGCCUCCGGCACCAUGGGUACCUACGCACAUUCCAUUCAUUUCAUUUCUAUUUUAAUUUUUGUUUCCAUCAAAUUUUGUUAUGUUGCAGGCGGCGCGUGCGGGUACGGGAACCUGUACAGCCAGGGGUACGACGUGAACACGGCGGCGCUGAGCACGGCGCUUUUCAACAACGGGUUGAGCUGCGGGGCGUGCUUCGAGAUCAAGUGCGACGCGGCGCAGGACGCCAAGUGGUGUAACCCGGGCAGCCCGUCCAUCCUCAUAACGGCAACCAAUUUCUGCCCGCCAAACUUUGCCCUGCCCAAUGAUAACGGUGGGUGGUGUAACCCGCCCCGCACCCACUUCGAUCUCGCCAUGCCUAUGUUCCUCAAGAUUGCUCAGUACCGCGCCGGCAUCGUACCCGUCAACUUCCGCCGUAUACCAUGCAGGAAGCAAGGAGGGAUCAGAUUCACAAUCAACGGCUUCCGUUACUUCAACCUGGUUCUGGUCACCAACGUCGCGGGUGCAGGGGAUAUCGUGCGCGUGAGCAUCAAGGGAAAGAACACGCAGUGGCUAGCCAUGAGCCGUAACUGGGGGCAAAACUGGCAAUCCAGCGCCAACCUUGUGGGCCAGGCCCUCUCCUUCAGAGUUUUCGGCAGCGACCGACGCUCCUCCACCUCUCUCGACGUGGCGCCCGCCAAUUGGCAGUUCGGCCAGACCUUCUCUGGAAAGAAUUACAGAGUCUGAAAACCACCAAAAAUAAUGGUUGGGUAUUCCUGGAAUUUGCAACGGGGUCCUCCGUCUUUAUCUAUUUUUCGCUUUUCCCCUAGAAGAAAUUAUAAAUGAAGUAAAGUGUGUGGAGGCUGAAGCGGCUGCAGGGAAAAAUAGAUGUAGCCCGCAGCUUCUGAUUAUAAAUUUAUAAUGUAGUAGUACAAUAUUGUUAAGAAGAAAAAAUGUUUCUUUUUUUAUAAUUUUUUUAUUUUUCU